CUUUUGGCAUUGGUUAUGCUUACCCAAAGAACCUACAAGUGAAUCAGGGUGACACGGUUCGCUGGACUUGGCAUCACCCAACCUGGGUGCCGGAUGAACCGAGAGUGCAACAGACCACUAAUGCUAGUUCUAUUGAAGCCGAAACCGAUGGUUUCGGUAGUGGUCCCACUGGAACAAAAACAGGCGCUUUUGAAUUCAAGUUUAAUACAUUGGGCACCAAAUACUUUUGGAGUGAUUAUGUAGAUAUCUAUACAACUACAUGGUUCCGAGGGUCCAUUAGCGUGGUAACCAAGGCAUCGUAUGUUGGAGACUUAAGUGUCAAAAUUGGUGGAAUUGAGGCUGUCUAUGACAAGAAUUCGGGGGUUGGCAAUCCUUCAGCGUCCGGAUCCUGUGUCGGUACACUUAGUACUAUAUCCGGCUGUUCAGAUCCUGCACCUACGGGUGGAGAUUCUGGAAAGUUUAACUUCAAGUUCUGGUCAUGUCUGACACCAACAAUUACAUCAAUCAGCAGGAAUAAUGGAACAGCCAAUGAUGAUAUCGUUUUAACUGGAACUGGACUGUCAACCACUAAAUGCCAGAACGAGGUCUUGUUUGGUAGCGAUUCUUGUGCAGUUUCCGCCGCCACUGCUUCAUCCCUUACAUGUAAGCUUGACUCAUCUUCAAGUCCCCCUGUCGGUGUACAGCAGGCAUUAGAUGUCCGUGUAGGAAACCUGGGAAGCGCCCGUAUAGCCAUUCCCGGCCAGAUAGCCAAGACAUUUGCUGCAAUUCCUGUUGUUUCUAGUUUCUCUCCUGUUUUGGGAUCAUUGGAAGGAAGUACACCACUGACCAUCACUGGAGCAGGAUUUCAAGGUACUAUGUCGGAUGUCACGGUGACAAUUGGGGGUUAUCCUUGCCCUAUCAACUCUCUCUCCUACACUAACAUUGUCUGUUUCACUCCAUCGUCGCUGACUGAUGGGACCAAAUCACUAGAGGUUAAGGUCAGUGCCACAGGACAGAUGGUGACUGCAGAAUGUGAUGCCCAGUCGUGUGAUUAUACCUACGACCUUGGAUCUACUCCUAGCGUUGAAUCUGUUUCACCCACAACACUAGACGGUUCUUCAGCGACAUUGACUAUUACCGGGAAGAGAUUUGGAAGUACUAGAGCAGACGUAAGUGUGACUGUAGGGGGCGAGGUUUGCGCUGUAACAAUUGCUGCAGAUACCAAAAUACAAUGUACCAUUUCUGCUGUUCCAGUAGGCUCCCAGUCAUUGGUUGUAGAUGUUACGCCGAAAGGUCGCUCAAAGCACGACCCGUCACCCGUUACUGUCACUGGUCAAGCAGUGAUAAGUUCUGUCAGCCCAUCAGCCGGAAGUACUAACGGCGGCACCUCGGUUUCCAUCUUUGGUAAUGGAUUCGGUGCGGACGCCAGUGUCACUAUAGAUGGCACUGACUGCCAAGUUACCUCUGUAACACUCUCGCAGGUCGUCUGCACCACAGCUGCGCACGCUGCCGCAAAUAAUCUUGACCUUAUUGUAACAUCAGGAGGAACUACCUAUUCAAGUGAGACAUUUAGUCACACCGUUGGAGCCACGCCAGUGGUAGCAUCCGUCUCACCAACAUCCGGGUCUUCGGGAGACACUAUCACAUUGAGUGGUUCAAAUUUUGGGGUAAACACAAUCGACAACAAUGUCACUCUGGGUGGCAGGGAGUGCCCUGUGACGUCGGCCUCAACUACGGAGAUAACUUGCAUUGUUGGUAACUACAGGGCCGGAAGCUAUGAGUUACUAGUGGAUGUCGCAGGCAGCGGACUCUCAAAUAACGACAAGACAUUUACCUUCGAUAUGUCUGCUUCUAGUAUCAGUCCCAAUUCAGGAAGUACAAGUGGUGACCAGACGGUGACAAUAUCAGGAUCCGGAUUUGAUAACACCACAUCAGUGACCAUUUGUUCCCAGCCAUGUAUCCGAUCAACCAAAUACAAUUCCACAGAAACACAAUUUAUCUGUGUCACACCUGCUUCAACAGGCACCACAACACAGGCCUGUACUGUAUCUAUCACCGUUAAUGCUGUCACCCAGACGCUUAGUUACACAUAUGAUUCGACAAAGACACCGGACAUCACAGGAGUAACCCCAACACGUGGUGGUACAGGAGGUGGGACACGUAUCACAGUUGCAGGUUCAGGAUUCGGAACGACAGCGUCUGACUGUGCCGUAAGUAUAGAGGGCAGUGUGUGUGCAGUCGUCAGCGUCAGUGCUAGCCAAAUUAUAUGUGACACGGGUUCUAUUCCCGCUUCAGUCCGAGGCAAGGUCCGAGUGGAGAUCGCCGGAAAUGGUCAAGCCAGACAGACUUCCGCGGAUUAUCAUUACGUUGAUGUCUGGUCAUCAGUGUAUUCCUGGGGAGGGGUGUCACUGCCAACAGAUGGCGACCUUGUCGUUAUCCAAGCCGGCCAAACAAUCUACCUAGACACGACCACCGCCACUCUCAAAAUGCUUCUUAUUCAAGGGGGAGAACUCAUUUUCGAUGACAACCAAGAUGUGGAAUUGAAUUCAGAAAUUGUUUUAGUCACAAACGGAGGACUGUUUCAGGUUGGAACAGAACAAACACCUUUUCAACACAAAGCAACCAUUACCUUACAUGGACAUCAUCGCAGUAAAGAGCUCCCAAUAUAUGGUACUAAGACGCUGGCUAUCCGUGAAGGCACAUUGGACCUGCAUGGUAUACCGACACCAGUUACCUGGACGAAACUUUCACAAACAGCUGCUGCAGGUACAAACGUUAUUAAACUCGACCAAGCUGUUAAUUGGAAUGUAGGAGAUCAGAUCAUCAUUGCCACAACUGGCGACAUGAAGUCACAGUCUCAGAACGAACUCAAAACCAUCACAGCGAUAGCCGGAGACCUAAAGACCUUGACCUUAGACUCUAAUCUCGCAAACGAGCACAUUGCCGUCACUGAAAGUUUUGGAACCAGCGCUAACGCAGCCACCAUGAAUUUUGCAGCUGAAGUCGGUCUCUUAACACAUAAUGUUAAAGUUCAGGGCACAAGUGACGCGCAGUGGAUUGAGAAAAUUGAAGCAUGUCCUGACGGCUUUGAUACUGGUGAGUUUGCCACCCAGACAUGUUUUCAAGGACGUUUUGGCGAAGAAAUGGGAAGCGAUCAAUUUGGCGGCCAAAUAAUGAUUCAUGCCCCCGAGUACGACACACAUAGAUCUACUGGCCGUUUACAAUAUGUAGAAUUAUUCCACAUGGGUCAGGCCUUUAGACUGGGACGCUAUCCUGUGCAUUUCCAUCUCAAUGGCGACAUGUCACACUGUUACGUCCGUGGACUGGGCAUCCAUGAAACGUUCAACCGUGCCGUGAAUAUACAUGGUACAAAAAAUCUGCUUGUUGAACACGUUGUUAUCUAUAACGUUAUGGGAGGUGCCUUCUUCUUCGAGGACGGCAUUGAGACUGGUAACAUUAUCCAGUACAACCUAGCUGUGUUCGUACGGGAGAGUUCAAGUCUACUUAACGAUGAUGUCACUCCAGCAUCCUUCUGGAUUACAAAUCCGAACAAUACACUCCAGCACAACCACGCUGCCGGUGGAUCUCACUUUGGAUUCUGGUACCGCAUGCAUGACCAUCCGGAAGGGCCAUCAUUUACCCGCUCUGUCUGUCCCAAACUGAUCACGUUGGGUACAUUCUUCAACAAUAGUGCUCACUCAUUUGGUUGGUUUGGUCUUUGGAUCUUUCCUACAUACACACCUAGAGUAGACGGUAUUUGUGGAUCUUCUGUGCCACAACCCGUAAAUUUUGAUACAUUCGAUGCUUGGAAUAACGAAAAAGGCGUAGAGACUGUGAACACCGGCGCCCUCCAGUUCAGUAAAAUCCGUGCAGUAGCAAACAAAAAGGCUGGAUUUGAAGGCAAACUUAUUGUGGAAGGUGAAGAUUCUUCAAAUCCGUCAAAUGAAGCUGCUAUCAAGGACUCCCUAAUUGUUGGUUACGCGUCAUUUUCACCUAAUUCUGUCUGUACUAAUGGAGCUAUUGUGCUUCCAUACGGAUUCAUGUUUGGGGUAACAAAUGUUGAAUUUGUCAAUUUUGAUAAAUCGAGCUGUUCCGCCUUUACCUGGACAAGAAUAGACGGUACAUGUGGUGACCAAUGUGGUGGGUACUAUUACAAAACAUCAGGUCUGACCUGGACAAAUUCUCCCAAUCGUGGCCGAUAUGAAUGGUUAUUCGAGGGCGUUCUACAUGAUCUUGAUGGCACUUUGUGCAACAGUGUAAAUUGUAAAGUCGUACCAAGUACUGGAACACUCCCACCCAGUUGUACUGCAUUCUCCGAUUUCAAUUACGGCAUACCCGCAAGUGUAUGUCCUUCUUCUGUCAAGUUCCACAGGUUUGGUUUUAAUAACAUUUUGCCUGCUUCUUUAGAAUUCAAGCAAACAAAUUUGACAAAUCAGUACGGAUCAUCCCUCGGCGAGUAUCGUGAAAAACGAAUCACUCACAAGGGCGGCUGGGUAGUAUUACUCGUUAGUACCGAGACCUAUUCUCUUACUUUUGUUGACGCUGCAAUCCAAACGAAUCUCAGUUUCUCUGGCACACUUUACCAUUUCGAGAACAAUGACUAUAUUUAUCUGCGUCAAAAAGUAAACAAGAAACCAGACAGACUAAAGAGUGACGCCCGUGGAUUUGUCGAGUCAUCUGAUGUGACUCUGGAUCCUAGCGUUCAUGUAAACGGGGACUGGACAUACGAUCAUUAUACCAACGAAAUCACAAUUCUUGUAAAAGGAAGUGGUGGAGCGAGCGGUAGAAAAAAGCGUGGUUCUCCCGCUUUGCCAACCGGUAUCGCCAGUAUAUCAUUCGAUUUUCAGGCCUUCAAAUGUUUCUACGCCAACUGUACACCACCACCGGAUCCUAACACAGUACCCCCUGUCACUCAGCGACCAUCGGAUUUCGUGUAUUGGUCAGAGGCAAACUCUUGGACUUGGCUUAACAAUACACUUCCAGUAGCCAAUACUGACCUGACUAUUCCACAAGAGGUGUGGAUGGUAGCAGACAUGGCUAUUCCCUCACUCAAUAAGUUAAUCCUGUAUGGCGUCUUGGAGUUUGAUCACGGCACGUCAGCUCCUUACCGUGACAUUGACCUCAAUGCCACCCACAUCAUCAUUCUGGGAGGGCGACUUAUAAUAGGAUGGCCGGAUGCUCCCUACCUCGGUAACUCUCAAGUCAUCCUUAGAGGCAGCUGGGAUAGUGACGAGUACACAGAUCUCACCAAUGCUCCAACUGUGGGGGCGAAGGCAAUUGGUGUAUUUGGAGGCCUUGACCUUCACGGGAUCGAUGUUGGGGUGUCAUGGACACGGUUAGCUUCGACAGCGAACGCCGGGGCAUCCACAAUCUCUUUAGCACAGGCUGUCAACUGGACUGCGGGUAGCGACAUCGUUCUAGCGACAACAAGUUAUGAUAUGUGGGAAACAGAGACAUUCAGGAUCACUGGAGUAUCUACUGAUGGACUGACGCUUACCCUUAACAGCUCGUUACUGUACAAACAUGUUGUCCAUUCGGAGACAAUAAAUGGAAAAACCAUCAGUCUUGGAGCCGAGGUUGGACUUCUCUCAAGAAAUGUCAAAGUCGUCGGCGAGGACUAUUCUAGAAUGUUUAAGGAAUCAUUUGGUGCCCGGACGUUAGUAGGAACAGCACAAAAAGGAAGCAGCCAGUAUAUUGGUUAUGCUCGCUUGAGCAAUGUGGAGUUUUUCCACACGGGACAGGAAAGCUACACCGAAUUCUACGAUGCACGAUUUUCAUUGACAUUCCUUGAUGGUGGAACAGUCAGCAAUAUUAAACCUUCAUACAUAAACAAAUGCGCCUUCCACAACGGGUUUUCUCCGGCUAUUGGUGUUUUCGGAACGCAUGGUUUGCCCAUAGAAGAUAACGUCGUUCAUCAUGCAAUCUGGUGGGGUAUUGAAACGUCUUCUGAUGAUACACGACUGCGCCGAAACCUGGUAACACUUGUUGUAUGGGAAGGAGCGUACCAAGACCGUCAAGAACCAUUCAACUUCCGCUACAAUGGUGGAAUUCAAGCUCCAGAUGCCAAGGCUAUUAUAAUUGAGGAUAAUGUUGUAGCGGGAGCUGAAAGGGUUGCCUACAGGUUAGGCGCCAUUGAAUGCGGUGCUGUUGGUUAUGGAAGUAAUCUGGCUCACAGUUCCCUAAUGGGAUUCGGGAUAUUUCCCGAAGACAAGUUAACAGUUUCAUGUGUUCAAAUUUCAAAUUUCACAGUUUGGAAAUCUCGAGACGGUGGUAUUUUUUAUGAGAACAGUCCAAGUGCGGAAAUAAAAGACGUUGUCCUAGUUGAAAACACUGUGGGUACUGCACCGUUUAUUGUUGGCCCAUCAGCUGUUGGGCACGAAACUGCUGAUAAGUAUGUCUUAAUCAAAGAUUCGACAAUAGUUGGUGCGACAACUUCUUUUGACUGCACAUCUGACGCAUUGAAAUCUGAUGAAAAUGUUCAAUUUAGCAGCCAAGGUCGCACGUGGAACACAGAUGGUAGUCACAUCGGCAUUGGGUUUACUAAUUUCUUCCAAUCAUCCAAUAAUAUGCCAAUGAAGCCACAUUAUGGGACCAUGUCUUACUCUUCGGUGUUCGGAGUAAUGAAACUUGACGGUGUGUCAUUUGCUCAUUUCAAAACAACUUGUGGCAGGAACGACUUCGCUGUAACCACGAAUGCGAAAGGCGACGAUGGCCAACAUCCGAUUGAAUCGAAGAACGCAUUUACCACUGAUGUAGCAACAAAUAACAAAAUAUUCUAUCACAGACCAAAUGUGGGAAAAAUUAACAGUGCCGAUUGUGUGGAUAUGGACUGUGAUGGUCUGAAAAAGGAUUUGUUUUCUGACCAGGACGGUACUUUCCUUGGAAGUGUUGGAGCAGUUAUUUCAGAAUCGGAAUGGCAGUGGGGUGGUGAUCCACGCAGAGGUCUUGGUGAUUACAGAAUUCCAAAAUCAAUGCUUACUGAACUAAAUGGAACGCGCAUACCGGUCAAUAACAUAGCACCUAACAAAGGUAUCAUCCGCAACAGCAACUGUGUUUUACACUCGGCAUGGCAGGCUUAUGAGUGUCACAACCUCAACUACAGGAUUCUUAUCAUCGAAAGUAUGGAUUCGGACACUGAGACCCGCCGAGUAUCACCUGUUGCUAUUCUGGGAGACGGGUAUCUUGAUCUCAUCAAUGGCCCCCAGGAUCAUGGAUGGUGUAGCGGCUACACCUGUCGUAAACGACUUUCAACCUUUAUGGCCAUGGUGGCUACAGAAAAAGAAUACCUCCUUCACUUUACUGGAACAUCGCCCCAACAUAUUCGAUAUUUCCUGCUGAACUCCGACGAUACAGAAUCAGUCAAGCUUGCAGUCUGGUAUUCUCAGCCUAAUAGGCGCGAUCUCUAUGUCGAUGGAAAUUUAGUUGCUCCGAAAAAUGGUAGAACAGUGAACGGUGCUUACAUACUAGACCCGCCCACGUAUCCUGAAGAAUUCAUGCCAAAUAUCACAGACACGUCUGGUGAGAAUUACUACGACCGUGACUCUGGACUUCUCCAUUUCACUAUCAGAGGGAAAAAAGCAGUUGAGGUCAGAACGGAUCCUUCAGUAAUCGUUUUUCCAAUUCCCGGCAAUGACAGUAGAUCAAUUUUAUGGACCACAAAUGAUACAGCACCUUGCUGCAUUCUUCGAUCUCCCUCCCAAUAAGGUCAGACUCGUAAAGGUAGUAAGGGAGACAACUCCAGCAGGA